GUAUUCCGCCAGCGGUGGUGUAGUAAAUUGAAGAGUGUAAACCGGCAGAAUGGCAACAGGAGCCAAGCACGGAAUUGAAAAAUUUGUGUUAUAUCAACCAAGGCUUGAAGAGCUUUCUGACGUUCUACAGAAAGGACUGAAGGAAAAUUUUGCUGAUGUUCAUGUUUCUGUGGCGGACUGUCCUGACCUCACCAAGGAUCCGUUUGGCUUUCCUGUAAAAGGAAUAUGUGGUAAACCUCGGAUUGCAGAUGUGGGUGGUGUUCCAUACCUGAUUCCUGUUGCCAAGCUAGAUAAGAUCUAUGACAUAAAUACAGUUGCCAGAGACACCGAUUUGCCUGGAGCAUUCAUUUUAGGGGCUGGUGCUGCUUCAUCUCGAACUCUUGGUAUAAAUGCAGAGCUUAUGCCACUUGUUCAUACAGAGCAUGAAGGGAAGCCUGCAGUGAAUGGUAGUUAUGUUGCUAGAAUUAGUCCUACGGAUGGUGGCUGUCUUCUUGAGAAGUACAGUGAGAAGUAUCAUGACUGUGACUUCGGGUUACUGGGCAACCUAUAUGUGAGUGAGGGUAAACCAGGAAAGGUUCUUGAAAUACGAGCCAGCAGAAGGAUUGGACAGUUUAGUCUUGUGACUGCAAUCAGAAAAUCUCUCGAAAAUCAUUAUGGUGAUAAACCUGUAGCAAUGGGAGGAACUUUUAUUAUAGAAAAGGGGAAAGCAAAGGCUCAUAUCAUGCCUGCAGAGUUUUCUGCCUGCCCUUUGAACACAGAGGAAGAAGUCAAUAAUUGGCUGAAACACUUCGAAAUGGAGGCUCCCUUAAUAUGUCAGUCUGUACUUGUAUCUCGGGAUCCUGGAUUUGACCUGCGAGUAGAGCAUACCCAUUUCUUCAGCCACCAUGGAGAAGGGGGGCAUUACUAUACAGAUACCACCCCAGACAUAGUAGAGUAUGUGGGGUACUUUCUACCUGCCGAGUUUCUCUACCGUAUUGACAGACCUGUUGAAACCCAUAAGAUUGGACGUGAUUAAUGAAGAUAUUAGUAUUACUGAACAAAAAAGCAGCAGAUGAGGAUUGUCUUGACUCAUAAUUUCAAAGUUAUUGCUUUUAAGCCAUUACAGACUUCUUUUGCAUUUAAUUAUUAUUUACAUCUCAAUGUCCAACACUAUAUGAUUGUGGUAUCUGCUUCUGUCUAAUGCAAUACUAAAUUCUGAUACUGUAAUCUAAUACAAUGUUUAUAUUUUGUAAAAUAAAGUUAAUUUUGCUAAAUGUG